CCGUAUUAGUGGGAUACAUCUGAGUUCUGACAAAACAGUAUAAACAAACAGAGAGAACAAAAAAACUCAAAGAAAAAAAAAGCUUUGGAAGAUUCAAAUCAAAUCCAUGUCGAGAGAGAGAACCAGACGUGAACUACCUCCCGUUCAAGAGCAUAUUGAUAAGUUGAAGAAAGUGAUAGAUGAAGGCAAUUACUAUGGAGCUUUGCAGAUGUACAAAUCCAUCAGUGCAAGAUAUGUUACGGCUCAGAGAUUCUCUGAAGCUCUUGAUGUACUCUUCUCAGGUGCAUGUCUAGAACUAGAACACGGCCUGGUGAAUUGUGGGGCAGAUCUUGCUAUUUUGUUUGUUGACACACUAGUUAAAGCCAAGUCAACUUGCAAUGAUGAAACUCUUGAUCGUAUCAGGUGUAUGUUCAAGUUGUUUCCUCGAGUUCCUGUACCACCUCAUUUAGUAGAUGUGAGUGAUGAUGAAGAUGUGCAUAAUCUUCAUGAAUCUCUUGGGGAAGCUAGAUCACGUGUAGAGAAUUUGACCUCCUUCUUGAGAGCUGCUAUAAAAUGGUCUGCAGAGUGUGGAGGACCAAAAACUGGAUACCCUGAGUUGCAUGCUAUGCUGGCUGAUUAUCUAUACACCGAGUGUCCUGAACUUGACAUGGUUCGAAUAUCACGGCAUUUUGUUAGAGCCGAGGACCCUGAGAAGUUUGCAACUAUGCUCAUAAACUUCAUGGGAAGGUGUUAUCCUGGUGAAGAUGACCUUGCAAUAGCACGAGCAGUUCUCAUGUACUUAUCUAUGGGUAACAUGAAAGAUGCAAAUAUGAUAAUGGAUGAGAUUAAAAAACAAGCAGAGACAAAACAUCCUGAGUUCUCAGAAUCAGACCUUAUCCAAUUUACCUCAUAUCUUCUGGAAACGUUGCAGAGAGAUGCAUUGCCUCUUUUCAAUAUGUUAAGAGUAAGGUAUAAGUCUUGCAUAGAUAGAGAACCACUACUUAACGAGUUGCUGGACGAUAUUGCAGAGAUAUUUUACGGUGUGCAGCGUAAUAAUCCUUUAGAAGGAAUGUUUGGAGACAUCUUAAAGAUGAUGGGCUAAGGAAGUAGAUAGAAGAGUCAAUAAUACUCUGUUUCUUUCCCCUUCUUGAUUUUGUAUUUGGCAUUGUUCUAAUAAAGGGAUAGCUCUCUGGAGAAUUCU